AUGGAACCUGAGAAUGACUGUGAUUGGAAGCCAAAAUUGGGAAUGAUAUUUGAUUCUGAACAAUGUGCGUAUGAAUUUUAUAAUACAUAUGGAGGAAGAAUGGGGUUUAGCAUAAGAAGAGAUUAUUGUAAGAAGGACAAGUUCACUAAUCAACUUAUUCAUAGACUUUUGGUUUGCAACAAGGAGGGAUUUCGAAAGGUUGACAAGCGAGACCCAUUGUCAAAAAACUCUAGAGCUGAAACUAGGACUGGGUGUGAGGCUCGACUUUAUAUUAAAUUACAUGAGGGUAAUGGAAAAUAUGUUGUGACUGAUUUCAAAGAAAAACACAACCAUGAUCUUGUAUCACCCGAGUGUGCCCACAUGUUGCCGUCACAAAGAAAGAUAUCAACUACCCAAGCAAUUCAGUUAGAUUUAGCAACACAAUCUGGUCUUCGUUUAGACCAGUCUUUUGAACUCAUGGGUAGGGAAGCUGGUGGAAGGCAAUAUCUUGGUUUUACGAAGUUAGAUUCUAAAAAUUAUUUGAGAACCAAAAGACAACAAAGUUUAGCAUAUGGAGAAGUAGGCAAUGUGUUGCAAUACUUUAAAGAAAAAUCUUUGCAAAAUCCUUCAUUCUUCUAUGCUGUUCAAUUAGAUAAUGAGGAGCAAAUAACCAAUAUGUUUUGGGCCGACGCACAAAUGAUCAUGGAUUAUGCCCAAUUUGGUGAUAUUGUCACAUUUGAUACGACUUACAAGUUAAACAAAGAACAUAGACCAUUCGCAUCUUUUGUGGGAUUCAACCAUCACAGGGAAACAGUUAUAUUUGGUGCAGCAUUGUUGUAUGAUGAGACCGCCGAAUCGUUUGUAUGGUUGUUUCAAAACUUUCUAGAGGCUAUGUCAAGGAAGGCACCAAAAACUUUGUUCACCGAUCAAGAUGCUGCAAUGGCUAAAGCCAUACCCAUCGUUAUGCCUGACACAAGUCACCGAUUGUGUACUUGGCAUUUGAUGCAAAAUGCAUUAAAACAUGUUAACUGUUUGUUCCAAGAUAAGGGGGCAAAAGGUGUAUUAAAUAAAUUCCUAUUUGACAUUGAAAAUGAAAAUCAAUGGAAGUUAGAGUAG